CUGAUAGGGUAUUUUCUUCUGAACUGUCAACGUCAGGAUCAGCCUAUCAGGUACUGCCAUGCAGCCAUGGCUUGAUUCUUGAACACUUGAACUACUAGGUAUAUAGUUCAGCCAUGGGGACCGCCAACUGAUUGAACAGAACUGCCAAGUCAGCAGCCAAGACAAGAGCUACAAAGUGCUGACUGGCGACUGCUGAGUCAAUUAUGGAUACACCUAGGAAAUUGAUUCUGCCUUCUUACCAAACUAAAUCUCUAAAGAAGAUUACAAGUAAGCAUCCUAAAGGCAGAACAUCAGCAUAUGGUAAGCUCUGCACUCCAGCUAAAAAAGUGGAGAAAACCAGAAGAAUUACUCAGAAGCCUGUGCCUGAUGAAUCAAUUUCAAGAGUUGGAAUUAUUCGUUCAGCCAAGGAUGCGUUAAAUUUAGGUAAACAGAGAACUCCUUCAAAUCCCCUUGAUGUGGCUUUUGAUGCAAAUCACGAGAUAAUUUUAUCUUAUGAACAACACAUUGCACAGCAAGAUGAUUUGUUGUGUCAGCUCUGCAAAAGAAUUGAGAGGCUUGAGUCUGCACAUGCCAGCAUCUUGCCUGUGGCUGAGCUGGAAGAGUUACAAACGGAAUCCCGUGACCUGAGGGCAGCUCUUACUGAUGCAGAGACUGCCAUACAUGGAGAGAGGAGACUGGUGUCUGCACUACAUCAUGACAACACUUCAUUAAAAUUACAGUUGCUGCAGUCUUCUCAGCGCCUGGCUGCUAUUCAGAUCCUAAGCGGUGUAAGUGAUGAGCGAAUCGUGGCCUUGCAAGGCUCCGAGAUAGUGAGGCAAAAAAUGCCUGACAAGUUACGUCAGCUGCAGCAGAAACUGUGGAGUAAGGCUGAUGCAAAUGCUGCUGCUGGCAAAGUGAACCCCGAGGAGGUCUUAGUGCUGCGUCAUGAGCUGCAGAGUCUGCAAGAGAGCAUGACCCUCAGUGAGAAGGCCUGGGCUGAAGAAAGAACUUGUCUCAUUGAAGACAAGGAGCUCAGAGAACAAGAAAGAGAUCUUGAGGAUGCCCGCCUUAAGGGUUGGGUUAAAAAAGCUGAAGAACGGUUAGCUGAAUGCCAACGGGAGUGUCGCGCCAGCGGGGCUCAGUGUGCCAGCCUGACGAAGGAGCUGCAGCUCCAACAGCGGCAGCACCUUAAAGACAAGACGGCGCUCCUCAGCGCCCUUGCCAAAAUAGGCGGGCCGGAGAGACUCGAGAAGGAACUUGAAGCCCUGAACAUCUCGAGCAGCUGCAUGGACGCCGCCGUGGGCCACGUCAGCGCCACAUGUCAGGCUCGUCAGCUCAAGCUGCUCUCCCUGCAGCUCCAGCGGGAGUUGUGUGAGCACUCGGAGCUGCUGGCAGUGUCGGAGCGCCGCUGUGAGGCCCUGGAGAGAGAGACCUGCCACCUCAGGCAGGCACGACAGGAGGCUGUCAUCCAACUCAAGAAGGAGCGCACGGCAGCCCGAGAGCGACAGGAGGUGCUGGAGGAGCAUCACCAAAAGGACCUGCAUCGCCUCAAGAUAGAAGUGCAGGGCAUCCAUGCGGACCUCAAUGCCGUGCAGACCGACCUUAAGAAGCUCGUGCUUAUGAUAUACAAGCUGUUGAUGUGGCAGAGCGACUCAUGCCCCCCGGACGCGGUGCCGCCGUCGCCGCCCGCGUGGCUGGACGGCCCUCGCGCCGUCACGUCACUGGCGCGUCGCCUGCAGGCCGCCAUAGACGCCACGCGGGGCAGGCUGGCUGCACUCAAACAGCCCGCUGCCCACACCCCGGACUGACCUGCCCGCGUUGCCUGCUCAUUCUCCUAGCAUUUCUUGUGCUGAUUAGUUGUCACAAUAUAAGCUAUUCGUACCAAGUUUUAAUAUAGUAAUUUUAUCCAGUUUUGAUACAGUCCCUAACGUAGCUCAAACUAAGAGUCGUAAGGCGCGUUCGUCCGUUACUAUACCUGCUGAGGACCAUGUCAUACUUAUAGCCAUUAUGUUCAAAUAAGAACAAGAAUGCGACUUAACGGUUUUAUAUUAUUGAUCUUUCUGAAUGAGUUUGUUACUGCAUUCGAUUUGAAACGUCUGAUCAUUCUAGUAAAUGGCUUAUAUUUUAAAAAUGAAGUCUCGUACUUAAACCAAAAAAUUUCCGCUAGCGUUUUCGAAGUUACUUGCAACAGAUUUUCUUUUCUGCCAUGGUUUUUGUGGGAUUUCAACUACGUUUACAGGCCUUCGGUGAUUUUACUGGCUACUCUACACGUUGCGUUCAGUGUUGCGUGACACAGGAUUUUGCUACAGCUGAGCAAGUUGAAACAUUUGACCAAUCUUCAAAGAUUAAUGCUCUUUCGAUGUCUCUGUAUCAUUUCACUUCUUAAUAAGUUCAGCAAGACGAGUUAAUACUACCUACGGUAAUUAUUGAUUUUAUCUUCUUUUGAUCCUUCCACUACGCCAACUGGGAUAAUUGAUUUAAGUUAAAAUAAUAAACUUUCAACGCUCUGAUUACAUUUUAGAAUUACAUCACUUGUUUUAAAAAUAUGUUUUGAAGCAUAAACGUUUGCAGCGAAGUUUUAUUCAGGUUGUGAGGUGUUGAAAAUUUCUUUAGAGUGUGCCUUACUGAGAGCUACAUGAUCUCGCUUGAAGCUAGUAAUUUCGCUAGAGUUCUUGUUGUUAGCUGACUUAACGAUGACCUUAGAUUGAAGGAGCAAAUACCGAUAUGUUACCUGAAGCCUCAUGCAGGAUAAUGAGAUGUGUCUUGGCCGUCUCUAACGAGUACCUGAAUCUAGUUUAAUGUCUGUUAGGUUUUAAACUUUGUUCCUAUUAAUAUGUCGCACCGUCUCGAAAAAUUGCUUGCUUACCUUAUGUGUAUUAGGAAAUAUGAGUUGGUAAAAUGAAAGAAAAG